UCGAGAGAAAACUGCCUUCAAGCUGAUGUCCCGUGACAUUAGAUCUCCAUCGCAGAAAUUAAAUCAAAUUGUAUUGAGGAAAGGGAAAAGGAAGGGCUGUUAAGGGAUAUGUCGCCCAAGAACAACCACGAUCCCACAAUGUCCAGCGACUCGGGCAAUGCAAAUGUGCAGGAGGCCGACCUACGAGAAAUGGAAGAUGUUAACCAGAGCCUGGAUGCCCUCAGCUGCGCCCUGGACGCCGUGGAGCAGCGCACCGAUGACAUCAUGUCGCAGCUACGGGAGCUGCUCAACUCAAACAGGGAGAUCCGUCGACAGCUCGCAGAGCAGAAGGACCAAUCUGGAGAUCAGGGAAAUGUCGAUGAUGACAAGAAUGGACAGCAGAAUAAUGAUAAUGUCUUAAAGUAAAGCUGA